AUGUCCACCAAUACAAGCUCUCGACGCACACGCGCACACAAUUACGUCGAAAAACCUUCCAGCUACUACAGGGCUCCAGAGAUUCAAGCUACGGGCAAGAGUUUGGAUCGAAGCAUGAAUCAAGCACCGCAGAACAUCGGCCUGGGCAUCGGCCUGGACAUCGGCGGAUGGGGUGACCAAAGUACUCAUCAAAGUAACGAGUGGGACGCAGAGGAGAUGACAGAGAAUCCCAGGGUUCAGAACUACUCGUCUAGGUCCACGACUUCGGUGAUGCGCCGCAGGAGUCUGAGGGUCGAGCACGUUCCAGACAUUCCACGUUGGGACGAUCCUGUGUCGGCGGUUCGAGAAGUGCUCAUGGAUGGCGGGCUUUUGCUCCGAGCAGGGCAUACAGGGCUGAUGAGGGUGACUGUCGAGCAGGUGCAUGCUGUCAGAGAGAGAAGGAGACGCGAACGCGAAGCGAGAGACAAACACGAUCGCGAACUAGACGACUACGUCGCGAAACGGGAAGAGCUCCAGCAGAGAGGAGAGCUCACAGAGCUAGCAUCAAACGACGGUGCAUCGGAAGCAAGCGGCAAGCAAGCGACGACAAGCACACAAGCCCGCUGCGUUGGCGACUCGGACAGUGACGGUGACAACUCCAGCUCAGGCUCUGAUAGCUCUGUGCGCACUGUCUUCAGACUCAGAGACGGCAAUACCACGCCAAGGCCCAGCGACACUAUUAGUUUAGGAAAGAUCGAAUCACGCCCUCUUCCACCAAUCCCCACCUUCCCUACCUCGGACCCUCUCAAAUCGGCGCAUGCAGAAGACAAUGAGGAGUUCGUCUCACUGAACGAUCCGUCUAUCAAGGUUCAUAUUGCGCACGCGCUCGAAUCCCUGUACACUGGUAUUAUGGCUGCUCAGAACCCAAUGGCCAAUGCCACAGCCCCAUAUACUUUGGGAGGAAGCAUGCCCUCGGCAGGACACCAUAGCGACAUGCAGCACAUCUGGACCCUGGUUCAAGAAUUGAGCUCGGUCCUACAACAAAACCGCGAGCGCACCGACGAGCUCCAAGACGGCCUCGCACGCGCGCAGACCAGACCCGCUGAGAAUGGCCUUCUGACUAACGGAGACAAUGCCUCUCAUGCCCCCCAACAUGCUCCUUCUGAUGUCGAUGCCUCCGCUAUCCAAGCCCAGCUGUCAGACGCACUGUCUCGCAUCACAGAGUUAGAAGCCGAGUGCAAGGAUGCCAAUGAAGUCAUCGAUUACGCAGAAGAAAUCGUCGAGAAAUUCAAGCAACAAGUCCAGGAAUAUUCUCGCAGCCAUCAGAGCGCGACUAUCGCUCUCCACGCCCACUACAACUCCCUCCUCGAGACCUCCCGCAACGAAACAAUUCAAGCCCAACUUACACACCAAGCCUGGCAAGCCUCCCUACUACGUUUAUCCGAAUACCUACGCCUAGCUCAACGCGCACACGAAGAAGGCUCACUACCAUACCGCCGCCGUAUCGCUGCUCUGAAGGAGGAAAACCGCAUACUGCGCGCCAAAGCUGGCUGGGAGCCUGCUAGUGAAAGCGAGGGCAGUGACGACGAGGAUGAUGUGUUUGAUGAGGGCGUUGAGGCCGACUCCGCCUGA